AUGAUGUUGACGGUGACACUCGGGCGAGGAUCGCUCCCGCCGCGCGUCGAGGAUCGUCGCGUCCGGAGGGGCACCCACGGGCGCGGCGCGACGAUCUCACUCGUCAGGGCCGGUGCCCAACCCGACGAGUAUGAAAAAUCCAAUCUCUCCGCGGUGAUAGUGGGAGGUGGCAUCGGGGGUCUCGCCGCGGCCGUAGCGCUCAGGCGAAUCGGCGUGGACGCGCACGUGUACGAGCGAGCCUCCGCGAUGAGGGGCAACGCGGGAACCGGCAUCGCGAUUUGGCCCAACGGCAUCAAGGCGCUGCGCUUUCUCGGCGAUGACGUCGCCUCCGAAGUGGCGUCGAGGGGCUGCGAGAUAACCGGCAUGCGCAUGGGCAUGAUUGAUGAGCCUUCCGCGCGAUCCGGCGAGCCAUCGAGCGACGACGGCGGCAUCGGCGGGGCUCUCAAGAAGGCCGCGACGCGUCUGGUGGGCGGGGCGUUUCCCGCCAUCAUCAGGGCGCAGCACGGGGCGGGCCUGAUCUGCAUCCGGUGGGCGGAGGCGCAGGCGGCGCUGGCCUCCUUCCUGCCGGCGCACUGCGUGCACCUGGACGCGUCGCUCGACGGCAUCGAGCUCGUGGAGUACGCGGACGGCACCGCGAAGGCGCGGUGCACCUUCGUGAAAAGGGACGGAACCCCGCACUCGGACCCGGUGACGGCCGACUUUGUCGUCGGCGCCGACGGCAUCAACAGCGCGGUUCGAGCCGCGCUGAUUGACGACGGCGCGCCGAGGGAUAACGGGCGGGUGAUCUGGCGCGGCGUGGUGGACGCACAGAGGGUCGCGAAGGCAUACGCGCGAGCGGCGACGGGGGGAACGAUCGGCGGCGGCGGCGGCGACGACGACGGGUUCCCUCCGUUUUGUCCCCGCGGCGCGACGGCUCUGAGCGCGUCCAAGGACAGCUCGGUGGGGCGGACGGUUUGUUUCAUGGACGUCGGGGGCGAUAAGCUGUACUGGGCGGCGGGGUGUCUGGACGGCGGGAUCGUGAAGGGUACCGACGACGCGGAGAGCUGCGCGGCGACGUUCAAGAACUAUCCGGAUGUGAUGGCGUGUUUGGAGGCGACGAAGGAGGAGGCUGAGGUGGGCGGGGCGGGCGCGGGGGGCAAUUUUUAUACGUCGCGCGUGUUGGACCGCGGUCCGCUGUUCCCGGGGGACGCGGAGAGGUUCAUGGCACCCGCGGGACCCGUCACGCUCCUGGGCGACGCCGCUCACCCCGUCAUACCCUCGUUCGGUCAGGGUGCCAACCUGGCACUCGAGGACGCCGCGGAGCUGGCCAUCGCGAUGGCCGGUAAAGGGAAAACGCAGUCGGUGGCGUCGGUGCUUCGCACGUGGGAGAGAUCCAGGCUCGAGCGCACCGCGCAGGCGCAGAUCGCGUCGUUUAUAUCCGGCUCCAAGUCGUACGGUGAGGCCAAGUUCGCCGAGGCUAUGCGACUGAGCGGAAUAUCUCCCGACGCUCUGGCCCGCCACAAGGAACGGUUCAGGGACGCCAACUCGACCCAGCAGUGGCUCAUCGGCUGGACCCCCAGCGCGGGGACCGCCGCGCGCGUUAAGGACCUGGACCCAAAGGCUGCGCUGCGUCUCGCGAUUCGCGCGGCGAACGAGGCGCCCUCCAGGCGAUCGGCGCUGAUCGCGGCGACUGCCGCCGGACUCGCCUCCGCGUUUGGUGCCCUCUCGUCGGCAGAGGCAUCCGACGAGACGGUGGAUACCGGCGACAGGUACGCGGGUGACGGGUUCUCGAUGCUGUUACCCAAGGGUUGGACCGUGACUGAAGCGAUGGGGGUGUCCAGGUCGACCGUCGACGUGUUCGCACCGGGCAGGACCGAACCCGUGGCCACGAUGAUUAGGGAACCCACGUUCACGAUGGGGGGAGGCGGCGCCGGCGGCGCUGGCAGCGUCUACACCUCACCGGAGAACUUCGGUCUGUACAUCGCGGGUACCAGGCGGGGUUCGUUAAGGACGUCGAGGGAGGUUGGCGGUGCCGUGGGCGGUGCGUUCGUCGCUGAAGGCGUCGGGGAGGAUGACAAGUCCCCGUGGGUAGAAUUAAUCGCCAUCGGGUGCCGAGGCGGUGAGGCGGCAAAGAAGUACAAUCUUCUCCAGACAGUGAGACUGACCGCGAGCUUCGCGGGUGGCGCGGAUGUGGAGGCGAUUGAGGGCGUGCGCGCGAUCGUGAACUCGUUCGAGCUCUCGGCAGGGACCACGUGCGCUUAG